CGCCAUAGUCUCACCGAAUCUGAGCUUAAUUUCGGCAAUUUAUAAGACCCUCAUUUGUGCUCAAAGAGAAGCAGUCGACUCCAGAGUAGGAGGAGGAGACUAGCUAAUAAAUUAAGAAUGAAGAAAUCUUUGUUCUUCAGUCCUCUGUUUUACUACCUAAGGUGCGCACAACCGUCUUCUUCUUCAAACUCUAAAGAGGCAGAAAAGGAGGAGGAUUUGAAAACUGAAGCAGAGAAAAGGAGACCGAGAGGAUGGAAAUGCAUGCCCUAUAUCAUUGGUAACGAGACGUUCGAGAAGGUGGCGUCGGUUGGGCUUCUCUCCAACUUCACCGUGUAUCUGGUGAAGGAGUUCAAGAUGCAGCAGGUGUCCGCAGCAAAUCUUGCCAACAUCUUCUUUGGUACGACAAACUUCGCGCCGCUGCUGGGGGCCUUCGUCUCUGACGCGUACUGGGGCAGAUUUCGUACCCUCGCCUACUCCUCGAUUGCUUCCUUCAUAGGAAUGUUGACAAUGACGUUGAGCGCCUCAAUCCCCCAGCUGAAACCAUCAGAUUGCAGUGAAGCAGACCAGAGUGCCGGCCACUGCAAAGGCCCAUCUGACCUGCAAUACAGCAUCCUAUUCCUCGCCCUCGGUCUACUGGCCGUUGGCGCAGGCGGAGUUCGGCCAUGCAGCCUCCCCUUUGGCGUAGACCAGUUCGAUCGCACUACCGAAAAAGGCCAGAGAGGACUCAACAGCUUCUUUAAUUGGUACUACUUCACCUCGACGGCAGCGAUGGUAACGUCCAUGACCUUCAUUGUCUACAUUCAGAACAGCGUCAGUUGGCCCAUUGGCUUCGCGAUUCCAACGGGUUUCAUGCUCCUCUCCGUAGUCGCCUUCUUCCUCGGUACCAAGCUCUAUGUCUACGUCGCCCCCGAAGGAAGUGUUUUCUCUAGUAUCGCCCAGGUGUUUGUCGCCGCGUUCAAGAAGAGAAAACUCCAAGUCCCGUCUCCAGACGAUGUGUUGAGUCAGGAGUCACGACUGUAUUGCCCGUUCAAUAGGAGCGAGAAUGUCUCCAAGCUCCCCCUCACAUUACAAUUUAGGUCGUUGAACAAAGCCGCUGUUGUAUGCGAUGGUGAGCUAAACCCAGAAGGUAAUCCAGUGAAUCCCUGGAGAUUAUGCAGCGUUCAGCAGAUUGAGGAAGUGAAAUGCUUGAUAAGAAUAAUACCCAUAUGGGCUUCCGGAAUCACAUGCUUCGUCGCAUUAGUCCAACAAUUUACGUUCGCGAUUCUUCAAGCCCUAACCAUGGAUCGCCAUCUCGGCCCACACUUUCAAAUCCCUGCAGGUUCUCUCGCCACCAUCUCCAUGCUAGCCUUAACCUUAUUCAUCCCUGUCUACGACCGUAUCCUCAUUCCCAUCGUGAGAAGAUUCACGAAGAUUGAGUCGGGCAUCACUCUUCUCCAACGGCAGGGAGUGGGUAUAUUCAUCUCUGUACUGUCCAUGAUUGUUGCUGCGCUGAUAGAACAAAAGAGGAGGAUCUCCGCAGUGUCUCAUGGGGGCACGUCUCCGUUAUCGGUACUAUGGCUCGUGCCACAACUAGUACUGAUAGUGUCUCAUGGGGGCACGUCUCCGUUAUCGGUACUAUGGCUCGUGCCACAACUAGUACUGAUGGGAAUAGCCGAGGCGUUCAAUGCGAUAGGUCAGAUUGAGUUCUACAACAGGCAGUUUCCUGAGCAUAUGCAGACAUUAGCAGGCUCCCUGUUCUUCUGCAGUCUUGCGGGAGCCAGCUAUCUGAGUACUUUCGUUGUGACUAUUGUGCAAAAGAUCACCGAGGAAGGAGGACGAACGAGCUGGCUCGACAACGACAUUAACAAGGGAAGAGUGGAUUAUUUCUAUUAUGUUAUAGCCAUCAUGGGAGUAUGUAAUCUGUUCUAUUUCCUUGUGUGUUCCCAUUACUACCGAUACAAGGGCACAGGCGGUCAUGAAGUGAAGGAAGAGACUCGAAAAGAAGUGGAGCUUCCAUGAAUGGGAGUCAAAUUGUUCUCUUUCAGGGUUUUAUAGUUUGCUGCUCAUAUUGUAUAGAUAGUAGAGGAUCAAAGAAGGAAAUAUGCUACACCUAAAUAUAAAUUAAUUUGUGCGGAGUUGGUGUAUUAUAUAUCA